AUGGACACUGAUGCCAAGCCCUCGUCCCUGCAGCGUGUGCAGCCCUGCCUGGCCGAGCUGCUGGGCACUGCCCUCUUCAUCUUCAUCGGCUGCCUGUCGGUGCUGGAGGACGCGGGGGGCACGGGCCGGCUGCAGCCCGCCCUGGCACACGGGCUGGCACUGGCUGUCACCGUGGCCGCGCUGGGGGACAUCAGCGGCGGCCACUUCAACCCCGCCGUGUCCCUGGGCGUGUGCCUGGCCGGGGGGCUGCCCAUGCCCAUGCUCAUCCCCUACUGGCUCUCCCAGCUCUGCGGAGGGGUGAUCGGAGCUGCCCUGGCCAAGGCCGUGGCACCGAGCGAGCGCUUCGGCAGCGCCGGCGGAGGAGCCUUCGGCGGAGCCGCCGCUGCCCAGCGGGUGCCGGUGCCCGCCGUCCUGGCGGCCGAGACCCUGCUCAGCUCCCUCCUGCUCCUGCCCGCCUGCGUGGGAGCCGCCAGCCGCAGGGGCAGCGCCCCGCUGGCCCCGCUCUGCACCGGGCUGGCGGCCACGGCCGGCAUCCUGGCGGGGGGCAGCGUGUCCGGAGCCUGCAUGAACCCAGCCCGAGCCUUCGGGCCGGCUCUGGUGGCCAACUCCUGGCACAACCACUGGGUCUACUGGCUGGGGCCCAUGGCAGCUGCACUGCUCGUCGGGCUGCUGCUGAGCUUUUGCCACUUCGAGUGUUUGUGGAGAAGAAAUAACAGACAAACCACGGCAGGGAAAGCCUCGGAGAGCUCGCUGCUGCUGAUGCAGAUACGGUGCGAGCGGCAGCGCAGGGUCACAGCGGCGAUCCCCAGCGACAGCCGCGCUGCUGCCGCUCCCCGCAGCCUUCCCCAGCUUCGGCAGCUCCGGGCUCGCACUCUGGGGCAGCGGGCACCGGUGCGAGCCCGGGGCACCGCCGAGCCAGCGCCGGGCCCCGGGGGCCGCGGGCCGGCGGGAGGAAGGCUCGGGAGGGGAACGCUGACGGUGCUCUGCGCCGGCAGCAGCCAGAAUGCUGCACAAUAA